CGGAAGUCUGCGGCCAAGAUGGCGGCGCUGGGAGUGGGAGGGGAAGGACGCGCGGGAGGAGCCUUCCCUUCAUUCGGGUCGCCUCAGGCCGAGGGAGGGAAGCGAGGAGGGAGAAGCCGCGGAGCCUGAAGGCCAUCGGGGAAGGGGACAACGCGAGCCCGAGGCUUUGGCGUGCGUGUAGGCCUCGCUGGGCCUUCUGAGGCGAGGAAACGCCCCCUCCGCCGCUCCCGCCUUGGCAGCUCUGGCCCUUUAAGGCUGGCUUCCCACCUGAACCCUUUCAAGAUGAUCAAGAUGGUGAUGCUGUGACAUGGCUGCCCUGUGCAAGACGCAAACCUUGCAGGUGGUGGACACCGAAUACAGUGCGGAUGCAGUGGAGUGGUGCCCGGUCGAAGGCUGGCAUGGCCUCCUUGCAUGUGGCACCUACCAGCUGAAGAAGCCAUCCAGCCAGCCUGGAGAGAACCCCAAUGAAAACAAUGAGCCCCAUGUACGUCUGGGUCGGCUUUACCUCUAUCACUUUGAAGAGCAACCUUUUGCACCACUGACCGAGAUUCAAAGGCUGGAGACAGCAGCUGUGCUGGACAUCAAAUGGUGCCACACUCCUAUCGCUGAGCAUCCUGUCUUAGGCAUUGCGAACGCCAAGGGGGCGGUGGAGCUCUCCCGCUUGACAGGAAGUGAGAAAAAGAGCUGCAGACUGGAAGCGCUAUGCAGCGCAAACCUGGGAGACGAAUGCCUGGCUUUGUCUCUGGAUUGGUCCACGGGACGGGAGCAAAGCAGUGACUGCCCUCUGCAGCUAGUCAGCAGUGAUUCCAAAGGGAGGCUGAGCUUGCUCUCCGUCGACGAAACUGCCCCGGCUUUGCGCAUCGUGCAGCAAUGGAAGGCGCAUGACUUUGAGGCCUGGAUUGCCGCAUUUAACUACUGGAACACAUGCAUUGUGUAUUCAGGAGGAGACGAUUGCAAGUUGCAAGGCUGGGACACUCGAAGUAAUCCCAGAACUCCUGUCUUCAGUAGUGAGAGGCAUUCAAUGGGUGUGUGCAGCAUUCAGUGUCACCCACUUGUGGAGAACCUGCUGGCCACUGGGAGCUACGAUGAGCAUGUUCUGUUAUGGGACACCCGGAGUAUGAAGCAGCCGUUGGCAGGGACCCACGUGCAGGGCGGCGUGUGGAGGUUAAAAUGGCACCCGAAACGGGAGCAUUUGCUGAUGGCGGCCUGCAUGCACAACGGCUUCAAAAUCCUCGAUUGCCAAGGCCCGAUGGGGGAGAACAAAGAGGAAUGCGCUAUUCUUUCAUCUUACAUCUUGCACAAUUCCUUGGCUUACGGUGCCGACUGGUCGAGGCUCCUCCUGAGCGAUCCCUCGGUGCUUCCUGUCCCGACGCCGGCAGAGCAUCUGGAUCAAGGAGACGGGGUGGCCGAUCUGAGAGUGCAGAACCUCAAGAUCGUGUACGAGUCGCCCACAGCCACUUUCGACGUGUUGCUGGAGGAGGAGGAACAUCCCCCUGCGUCCUCGGCCCAAGGAAGCGGCGACGCAGAGGGAUCAAGCGUGGACGGAGACGCGUGCGGCGCCAAAGCCCGGGCGGAAACGGAGGCCACGCACGCCAGCAAAGAGACCAGCCUCUUGGCUACAUGUUCCUUUUACGACAACGUGCUCCACGUGUGGAAAUGGGAGACUAGCCAGGCGAGUCGGCAUUGAUUUAGGUGGCCACUGACCUGCCUUUCUUCCUUAAGCAUUGGAGGGAAAGGUAGGCGCUGGCAUCAAUGCCAUCCCAUGUUUAUAUUUCCUAAGCCAGGUUUCCAGCUUUACUCCAGAUUGCCCUUUGUGGCUCUGAGAGCUUUGACAAGUGCUCAGGUAUUUCAGGGAAGGUGUUGCUUCCCUCUCCCUCCUUGCUGCAGAACAAAGCCUAUAGAGUGGGUUCUGUAGUCCAAUUGUCUUGUGUGGACAGUUAUUAUUUUAUCCCAAUGAUGUAAAC